AUGCCGCCGCGCCCCCAUAGCCCUUUGCGCACACACUCGGCUCCGUCAUUACCAGAGCCGCUGCAGUCGGACAUUUUCUUUGCGCCACCUAAUGCGCAUGCCGGCCGCACGCGCACGGAUAAGGCGCGUUGCUUCUUACCCGGCCUCCGCGGCGUGCACGAACGUUGGACGGACGCCGCUACUCCCGACCCCAUAGCCCCACUGCAUCCAAAACAGACAAAUGCACCGCAGUCGUUGAAACCCCACUAUUCACGCGGGCAUAUCGUCCCAUCAGAGUGCUCCGCUGGGAAGACAAACGGUGUCCGGAAACGUGUCAUUUCGGCCUCAGUCAUGGCGGUGGUGAACUCUGCGAAGGAGCAAAGGGCCGUCCUCACGGAAGCAGCUCCGGCGACAAACACAAUGCCCACCGCAGUCAAAGGCUCUCAGCUUCCGCUGAGGAAGGAGGGGGCGAUGAGGGGAGAAGACGUGGCACCAUUGCCCAGCGCACCAACCGCGUACGAGGCCGCUCUUGCCGAGUACGGAGCUAAGCUUCUGAGCAUGAUGCAUAGACGAAAAAGUGCGGAGCAUCGGCAGAGUCGCGAGCGCCUGAGCCGUCGAAAGGCUGUGAACGAGAAAUACAGCGAAUUGAGCCGGCCACCAGCAGCGGCUGGCUCGGGGCGGCGUGUAUCAUCAAAUCACCAGGUGGGCGGUAAUGCAGUGCGAGGCCGGGAAUCUGGCGCUCGUGGCCUCAUGCCUGGUGCGGGUGCGGGUGCGAAGGCGAGGAACGCGGAAGCCGAUGUCGCUGCAGCGCGAAUACUGCCUGAUAAAAACCAGGGCGUUAAACCGGCGGCGAUCGAUGAUCACCCACCCUGCUCCUGCAAAACGGAGGUGGGCGUUGGCACCCCACAUGACCGAGGAGGCAGCCAAAACGGAGAGGUUAGGGGCGCGUCGCCCGCCGGUGAGUCAGUAAGUGUUGAGCUUGAAAUAGAGGUUGAGAAGAAAGGGACAACGGCGAAGCGUCGCGGCUGCGGCAACCAGGAUGCCUCCGCUCAUAGGAGAAGGGGGCGAGAGGGGUGGGCGCAGACCGAUUCCCUUUUUUGUGCCCAGCCCCUCGUGACGUCGCUCCCCGCCGGGAGGCAGGCUUCAAGGGAGGGAGGGGCAGUGGGGCUGGCGGACACGCUUGAUAGAAUAAGUCUUGUUGCACCUCUGCCUUUAACACCACCGCGACCUCUGCGGCGCGCACGCAGCCUGGGACCUCGUCCUUCCUGCAUGGGCGAGGAGACAAGGAAGAGCAAAGGCGUCUUUUCACGUAUUUUCUCCACCACGAAGGCUCCAUUUGCAUCAAUGACAGACAACCCACACGAUAUCGAAGGUUGGGGCUUUACUCUGCACACACCUCAGAAGGAAACGUGCGACACGGAGCGGAAGGCCCUUGUGUUUAUUCGACCACACCCAAAACCGCGCCCUUUGCAUCGUUGCCACGAAUCGAAGGCACUCAAUGAUGAUAAAACGUGGAAGACGCGAGGUAUUCCGUUCCGUGGGUGUGCGUGGGAUGAUAAAGCAUGCAUAGACAAACUCAGGUUUUCUUCCUUUGAGUCUUGCGACCAAACAUGGAAGAGAGAUGGCGAGAUUCGGCGAGGCACCUUUACAAAUGUUGUGCCGCAAUAUGUGCUCGAUGAAUUUGCGCGUCGCGGCCGGCUUCGGACGGCGUGGCGACGCUGGCGACGGCGUCUCUGGGCUGCUCGAGCACAGCACUCCCCAGCGCGCUUCAGCGAUCCGCUGCCUACAGCUGGCGAAGGUGACGGGAGUCGCUGGGCGGGUCUGAAGGCGUGGCUGGCCGCAUCGACGCUUCCGUCGGCUCUGCCGUGA